GUGGUCGACGACUGCCGCUACCUCGGUCGUCUCUUCUUGCAUUCGCAUUCAGGCGCUCCCAAAGGCCACCCAGAAAUCCAUGUCGUACACUCUCGUGCCGGUAAUACGCUUGCGCCAGAAUUGUUCCAACUGCACACGCACUCGAUGGCGUGGCACAGCGACAAUUCAUUCGACCUCCAGCCUCCUGGAAUGACCGUUCUAUACGCUUUGGAAGUGCCACUUGAAGGUGGAGACACAGUCUUCGCGGAUACGGAGACUGCUUAUGAGCGCCUCAGCCAUGGCUGUCGCAAAAGUCUGGAGGGCUUGCAGGCUGCUCACACUUCUCGCGAUCAGGCCGCACGGGCUCGCCCAGGUGGUGGAGAUGUAGGUCGGGAGCCUGUCGACUCGAUCCAUCCGAUUGUACGCACAAAUCCUCGAACAGGGAGGAAAGUAUUGUUUGUCAAUCCGCAAUAUACGCGACAAGUUGUGGGCUACAAGGAGGAAGAGAGUGACAAUCUUCUCACGUUUCUGCCUGACCACAUCACGAAAAGCCACGCCCUAAAGUGCCGUGUCAGGUGGAGGGACAAGACAGUGGUUGUCUUUGAUAAUCCCAACACCUGUCACUCGAGGAUGACGGAUUGGAUGUAUGGAAGGCGACUUCACAUUGCAAGGUACGGAUCUAUCUUGUCUUCGACCCGAUUGGUUUGCUGA